AUGGUUGUAUCUAUCACUGAUUUGGACGAUAAUCCGCCGUAUUUCGAAUUGGCUGCGUACCAGACAUCAUUGAUUCCCGAGACAGUGCAAGUGGGCACCGUCGUCCUCGAAGUCACUCCUGGCGACCGGGACACAGCGGCCCAGAACCGCAAAUACGUCUACACACUCUCCGGCAGUGGGGCUUCUAGUUUUUCGGUGAGCUCAACAGAUGAAGGUGCUGCUCAAAUAAGGACUAAAGAGUCACUACGCUUCGAUAAUCUCCCCUUCGACCAGCCCUUCUAUGCAUUCCAACUAACGGCAAGCAGUGCCAGUGGAAGUGCCAGCACGCUGAUCCGUGUGCUGAUCCAAAAUGCCAAUGUGAACCGUCCCGUGGUCAUACCUUUACCAAAACUCACCAUUUUCCGUCAAGUGCCCCUCAACACCUUUCCCAUCGCUCAGGCUGCAGCCACCGAUGCAGACGGUGGAGCAGUGGCCUUCUUCUUUGUUGACACAACUACCAAUCGUCCAACAACUGACUCUGGACCCUUCAAAAUGGACCGAGAGACUGGAAUGGUCUACCUGACUAGCACUCCGCAGCUCAUCACCUACGACCUGGGCAUUCAAGCCGCAGACGACGGGACUUGUCCAGGUUGUCCUGCAUCUGGAACAGGUCUUGAAAGUGAAGUCGUUAGACUUGUGGUUGAAGUAGUCGACAGAAACCUCGUUGCUCCAGAAUUCACACUCUGUCCCGCAGAAAUGACCCUUCAAGAAGCAGCUCCUGCUGGAACGGUAUUGGGAAAAGUGACAGCAACAGACGCCGACGACCCUGAGCUCUCGGCCAUUCGUCUAAUCUACGAACUGAUAGGCAAUACGGUUUUCGCGAAGCCAACUGACUACCUGCAGAUCGAUCCCCAAAGUGGUACGAUUACCAACGCGAGACCCCUGAUGCGGACAGCCGAUCAGUUUGGUGGGGUGUUGCCUGUCCAGCUGUACUUCACGGUGGCCGUGUACGACUGGGGCGUGCCUCAAAUGCGCUCGCUUUGCAAUUUCCGAUUGGUAAUCGAGGACGUCAACAACAAUCCACCGCAAUUUGACCCCUCGACGUACACGGCCUUCGUGGAGCGCAAUCGCGAUCCCGGUCUGCUCCCAGCAAUACCCAUCCUUCAGGUUGUCGCUGUCGAUCUAGACGAUGAGACCACGGAGAAUGCACAAAUUGUCUACGAACUUGAGUUGGAAGGCACGACCAAUUUCAGAAUUGACAAAGGCAGUGGGCAAAUUUUUGUUACCGGUCUACUUAGCGAUGAGUCUUACAAAUUCUCAGUUGUUGCCAAGAAUCCCGUUCCACUGGUCUCAACAUCGCGCACUUGGCAGACGGCAACAGUCACUAUCGUGACCUCAACCUCGACCAAUCACCUACCACCUGUCAUAAGCAUCAUUUCCUCGACGAAUAAAUUCCGCGAAAACAGCGUUAACCAGGCAUUGGCGCAAAUCACAGCUACGCCAUGGCCCGGCGCGAACUACAAGUUCUUCAUCAGCCACGUUCCAGGGACGUUUGAACAGACCGGCUGGUUGAAUAGCCCACCGCCGUUCACGAGUGAAAUCGUCUACUCCAGCACCAACCAGCCAACUCUCAUUAUCUACUCCGGCUCCAAUUUCCUCUGCCAACGACUCAACCACUACACAAUUCGCGUGCGGGCCUGCCAGCAGCCGACAGACCCGGUGUACGGCGACAUCUGCUCCGAUGCGGUGUUGAACUUUAACCUGGAGGAUGUGAACAACAUGGUGCCGCAGUUUAUUGAUCAGUCCAGCCUCUUGGAGGUGUACCUACCGGAGAACGCUGCCAGAGGAACCACUGUGCUUAAGUUGUUCGCCGUCGACAUGGAUCCAUCUAGUUCGUUCAAUAAGGUAACGUAUUCUCUGAUCGAAACCACAGACGCAGACAACUUUGCCAUCAAUGGCAACUUGCUGGUCACAAAAGUCGAAAAGAUGGACUUUGAACAAAAAAAGAAUUAUGUCCUGAAGGUGAAGGCAGAAGACAAUGCUCCGUCUUCUCUGCCGGCAAACGAAGGUCGGCCAAACUCGGCCGAGUUACCACUGACGGUGCGUCUGCUUGAUCAAAAUGACAACCCGCCUGAAUUCGUGGACGUGCCGAUGAACAUGGAGGCCACGGAGGUCUCACCGGAGAAGACGUCGAUUGGGACGAUCAGGGUCAAGGACGCCGACGAGACCUCCGUGAUUGUCUACACGAUGGAGGGUGUCAAUCCGGACUUCGCUGUCAACUCGGCUACCGGCGAGGUUUUAGUCGUUCGUCCAUUGGGUUUGACUACUGUCGAUGCAAGUUCCAUCGCGAUUGGUCCUUUUUGUUUAAAUCUUGAGAUGAAGGAGGAGACUAUGAAAGUUCAAACAUACAGCGUUACCAUAAACGACGGCCAGUAUAAGAAAUCCGCGACCUUGUCGAUUCGCAUUGUCCGAACCAAUCAGAGAUUGCCUGAGUUCCCCAAGACGCUGUACACCUAUGAGGUGACGGAGCUUACAACAGGGCCCAUCGAAGAGCCUCCUUCCGCUAGUGACCCAAACGACCCAUCGCAGCUAACUUACUCAAUCGGAGGCUACUUUUCGGAACACUUUAGAAUUGACGAAACCAGCGGGGCGCUUCAAGUCAUUAAAGGCAUCCCCAGGGAUCGACCUCAUGGCUACCCAGUGCUGAUCCAACUGAUCGACAUCAACAACCAAUACCCACGCUGGCCCUACCCCAACCAGUUGGUGCAGUGCCCAGAGAACACCGCUGUGAACACGCAGUGCGCGACCCUCGUGGCACCAGACGCUGACGCCGACGCCAACGCGCAGUCCACCUACCGUGCUGUCGAGGCAAAUCCGAACUUUGAAAUCACCGAACUCGGUGGGCUCAACGUGCUGACGCAAUUUGACUAUGAAACGACGCAAGAGAAGACGCAUUACAUUCCUAUAGUGGCCACGAACAUUCGCAAUCCGGCAAGUGGUGGCCAGUUGUACAGUGUCAGCGGCACCCUCACCGUCGUCAUUUCCGACGUCAACGACUUGCCACCGGUCAUCGUGGGUGGAACGAGUUUUGACAUCACGGUCCUGGAGACAGCUCCAAUCGACGUAGAUGUCUUUUCCUUCUUCAUUGAAGAUGCAGACGAGUCAGACCGGGGUCAGCACUCCUGUGUGAUGUCCCCAACCAACGAGUACUUCGCAGUAGCCUACAAUCCGAGUAUCGGAGCUUGUGGAAUCAGGAUGAACGAGUACAAAAUGGGUGGUCGAUCUUUCUCCCUGGGCGACUGUAGCCUAACCCGCACCUCAGUCAUGAUUGUUCUUGCGCAGCCCCUGGUGAAGUUCAACAUGGACGACAGUCCGUUCGUGCCUCCUGGACCGCAGGAGCUCACCAUCAUCGUGUUCGACGCCAACCACCGGCACAAUGUGAGGGUGGUGGUGCGAGCCACGGUGGUGGAAGCCAACGACAACCCACCGCAGAUCAAACUCCAGCCGCCUUCAGGACCCGGCGAGGUGUUGGACGGCACGACGGGUUUGCAGACCCUCGUUAACCUGCAGGCACCGUCGAUCGACCUCGAGGACGAGGACGUCUGGUUCCACAUGGACUCGAGGUCCGCCGCCAACGGAAUGCUCGGCGUCGACGUGACCAGCAGCACUGGCGUAAGUGGACUGCCGCACUCCGUCCACGCCACAGACACCCAGUCUUUUGUGACCAGCUUAGACGUCUACCUGUCUGUUUGUCUAAGUGAAGCUCCAGGCUACUAUCCUCGCUCAUUUUGUCGAGUUCUGCCACCUCGACAUCAGACUGCGCACGGAGUUAACGCGUGUUUGCACUUGAAGUGUCAAAUUUAG